GAACAUAAAUGUUUUAUAUUCUUGACUUGAAUAAUUUAGAAACAAUUGAAUCAACGACUAAUGACAAUGUUGUGAUUCCUCCUGUUUCGUUACUGAAAAAGGUGCAAGCUAAAGAUAUUGUUGUUGGACUGACCAUUCGAUCUAGAAAUGGUUGCUUACAAUGCCGAAAACGAAAGAAAAAAUGCGAUGAAAAAUAUCCUACAUGCGGAAGUUGCAAACACAGAAAAGUUGAAUGUCACUGGAGAAAUGGCACCCAAUUUCGAAUACUUAAGAAAGAACAUAAGAGGGAGGCAGGAAGCAAGAAAAUUGAAGCUGUAGAAAAACCAGACACAAAUUACUGUUUGGACAAGUUGUUGGAACAAUGUGAAACUGUAGUCACUCCAUUCCUGUUGCAUACUAGUGAGAUUGAUCCAAUAAUCACCGAAAUUCAAUCAAUUGACAACAUAAAAUCACCGAUAGACUUAGACAACAUAGAAUCACCCAACCUAGAUGAUUUCUUGAUUCAUAAUUUUAAUCUCAUACACCAGCCUUCACUUACGCCAUUAAUUCUAGAUAAUAAAGGGUCAAAUUUCUUGGAUGCAUUUAUACACAAAGUAGCCAAGGAUCUUUGUAUUGGUCCAGAAAGUUCCAACUAUUUUCUUAAAACAUUUUAUCAGUUGUCUUAUACGGAAGAUUCAAUUUCAUAUUUAUUAUGUGCAUGGGGCGGAUUAUUUAUUGAUGGGUAUACUGAUGACGUUAAACUGUAUAUGGGAAAGGCGUCAGAAUUAAUUGAGAAACAAUAUAAUCGUCAAGAUAACUUGUCAACUUAUGAUAUUUAUGUGUUGUUAAAUUAUUACUUGAUUAAUAUAGGUGUUCAUAUAUGUGCAGGGGAUGUCAGUAACUGGUAUAACUUAUUCAAAAAAGUUAUAAAAAUCAUUCAAGAUCACGGGGGAUUAAAUCAUAUUUGUAAAGUAUUCAAUUAUUCAAAUGAUAUUAAGUGGUUGAUUUCAGACAUUCAAUACCAUGAUAUUAUGUCGAGCAUAACAUUCACCCAGGGAACUAAGUUCCCUAUGGUUGAAUAUAAUGAAAUAUUUACCAAUGAAAAGAUUUUAGAAUUAGAUGAUUAUGGGUUAGAUCCAUUCCAAGGGUGUAUUCAACCAAUAUAUUUACUAUUAGGAGAUAUUAUAACUACUUCUGUUGAAUUUAAUGAGAAUUCACCUAGCGAUAGUACCGACGAAGAUUCAAGAUUGGCGCACUAUCAAUUAGUUAUUAACAAGUACGACGAACUUGAAAGGAGACUAGCCCAAUGCCAGCCAAAUAUCAAUCAAAUGAACGGAAUACCAGAUGAAGAAUUAGAAUUACAUCUUACAUUGUUUGAAACAUACCUGUUAACAUGUCAAUUGUGUAUGAAUUAUCAGAUUAGAAAAAUUCCACCGGUAUCUAUUGAAAUGCAAUCAUUGCUAUUAAACACUUUAAAACAUAUUGACAUCUUGAUAGAUACGAAGUUAAUGACAAGUUUGGCAUUUCCGUUAUUGAUUUGUGGUAUUACGUGUAGUUCUGAGAACGAUAGAUUAAAAAUGAUCCAACGGUUUCAAAAAGUAAGUCAAGAUUAUAAAGUCGCAAAUUUAAAGCGAAUGUUUAAUAUUGUUAAACAAGUUUGGGAAAGGAAUAUGGAUGGGAAAAUUUAUAUUGAUUGGAAUGAGAUUGUUCAAGAGAAUAACUGGCAUUUAUCUAUGUGUUAGCUAAAUAUGUUUAUAUAGUAAAUAGUUGACGUAUAACAAGAGCAUAUAAAAUGGUUG